AUGUGGUUCUUAACGGGUGCGCCAUGUGCUGCAGUUCUUUCCCCUUCGUGGCUAUUCCCAGCGAAAGGUGGCCCCGUCAGGCCUAUGAGAGCUCGCGGAGCCUGCACUUCGCAUGUGCUUCGGAAGUCAAGGGAGCCCGAGAAAGAUCGCAUUCUUAUUCUUGGCGGUGGUGUUAUCGGAAUCUCCGUUGCGUACCAUCUAGCCUUGCGGGGACGGCGCGUGACUGUUGUGGAUCAUGCCGGGAUUGCCAGUUGUGCGAGUGGGAAGGCCGGUGGUUUUCUGGCCAGAGAUUGGAACGAUGGGACGCCUCUGCGCGAUCUCACAAGGAAAAGCUUUGAUAUGCAUGCAGAAAUAGCCCAGGAGCUAGGCCUAAAAUCCUACCGACGACUUCGGUGCAAGGCUGUGACUGUUGGUGGUGAUUUCUCCAAACCGGCAUCCCGUAAGCUGGCAUCCCUGGAGUGGGUGGAUUCUGGGGCCCAAAGUGAACGCUUCAUGGGCGACGAGUCGACCAUUGCACAGGUGCAUCCAAAAGAUUUGACUGAAGCGAUGUGGAAGGCUUGUGAAGAGAAGGUCGGGUCUGAGUUCCUGUUGGGUACAGUCAACGAGGUGUUGACCGAAGAUGUUGGUGAUGAGAAGCGCAUCAGAGGAGCCAUGGUCAAUGGAGAAGAUGUGUUGGCAGACACGGUGGUUUGCUGCAUGGGUCCCUGGGCCCAAGUGCUCCGCCUGAUGCAUCCGCAGUUCCAGGUUUACGGCGUCAAGUAUCACAGCGUGUUACUGCAGAGUGAGCGAGUGCUCUCGGAGGCCGUGUUCUUCAAUGGUAUGGGAAAUCCGGAGGUCUAUCCCCGUGGCGACGGGGAGAAUUACAUCACAGGUUUCCCAGACCCACCGACUGUUGUGUCUGAAACCCCAGGGAACGUCCAAGUGAGAGAGGAUGUCUGCGAGAGGCUCACAACAACUGUGCGCAAGGUUUCGGCCGACAUGCAGUCUGCUACACUUACGGGUAAGCAGUCCUGCUACCUGCCGUUCACUGCAGACAGUCUUCCAGCAAUGGGCCAGCUGCCUAGGAUUCAGGGUGGGUAUGUUUGCGUUGGACAUGGGUGCUGGGGGAUUCUCAACAGCCUGGCAAGUGGACUGGGCAUGUCCGAGCUGAUAGUGGAUGGAAAGGCCACUUCAGUGGACAUAGCACCCUUUCAUCCGGAUCGCUUGCUUGCAGACUAUGAGCCCGAGUGGGUGGAGGAUUUCACACCCUUCACAGCUCCCUUGGCAGAGCUGGGGGAUGCUCUGCCUUUGGAGGAGCAGCAGCAGGAUCUCUUCAGUUUAGUCGCUCAAGACCCGAAGCACAAGGAGCUGAUGACGAACAUCACUCAUCGCUAUGACUGGCUCUUCGACAAGGUUGUGACCUACGCGAGUCGUUUCGAGGAGUUUGUGCAAAUCUAUGCAGAGAACUCCGAGCUCACGGACUGUAGCGUCACUUUUGCCGAAGCGUCUCUUGACGACUUCCGAGAUGCGCUGGCAAAGUACCAGAAGCAGAAGGAGGACAUCCGCAGUAUGGGGCGCACAAAGGACAUCGGAAUCUUCCGCCUUGACUGUCAAGAGAUGCAGCGGAUGCUGUUGCCGUCGCCAACAGGCUGCUUCGACCUGCUGGCUCAGUACAUCCCUGAGCUGGCUAUGACGAGAAGAGCCGAGUUGAGCGCCGAAAUACAGGCUGCCAAUGAUAGGCUGAAGGAGUACCCUAACAACGUGGAUGAGUAUGUCGAGUUCAACGUACAUCUGGCCAAGAUCGACGCGUCGCUGCCAUCCUUGGAGAAGCGAUUCCUCGAGGUUCAAGAGAUGGCGGAGAUCAUUCGAGAGUUCGGCAUUCGGAUCGAUAGUGAGACACGCAAGGCUUUCAACGACCUCGCCUCCGCCAAGAACCAGCUCAUGGCCCAGGUCUCAAGUGGAAAGGAGCGAGCGGAGGUCGAUGUGGCGCACUUCAGCAAGGCCUUAGAGGUGGAAAUUCCAGAACUUCGCAAAAGUGUCGGUGAGCAGCAGUCUAGAUUGGAUGCACCCGAUCUGUCUGACACCUCCAAAAUGUCGGCUGAAAGCCGGAAGGUGCCAAUCCUUGCGAAUGACGCAUUUGCCUGGAAUGUCAAUCAAUCCAUUGAAGAAGCGGCGAAGUUCAACCGCUACCAAGAUGUUCUCAAGCUCGAGCCGACAGCUUUCGAGGAUGUGGAAGAGCUGAAGGCUUCUUUCCAGAUUCGAAACAAGCUUUGGCGAGGCAUCGAUGCAUGGGAGGAGCUCAGCUCCGAGUGGAACAACUGCUCUUUCGGGACUGUUGACGUGGAAUCUAUUCAGAAGAAGGUUGCUGAGUACAACAAGGUCGCUGUCCAGUCCGUCAAAGCAAUGCCCGAUAACCAGGUGCCGCAGAUUUGGGGCGAGUCAGUCACACAGUUCAAGAACACGCUGCCUGUGGUCGUGGCGCUGAGAAACAAAGCGCUAAAGCCGCGGCAUUGGGAGAUGAUCACCUCCAUGAUUGGACAAGAGCUGGAGCUCGAGGACGAGGAGUUCACACUGGGCGGCCUCUUGGCCAUGGGAGUGGAUCAGCACAUGGAAGCAAUUCUGGACGUGUCUGGCAAGGCCACAGCGGAGCAAGGUUUGGAGGAGAUGUUGGACAAGGUCAAGAAGACAUGGGAUGACCUGGAGUUGGUUAUUAAUCCAUACAAGGACAGCAAGGACGUCUUCGUUCUUGGAUCCGUUGAAGAUAUCACAGUGGCUCUCGAAGAUUCGCUGGUCACCAUAUCCACCAUCGCUGGCAGCCGAUACGUCGGGCCCAUUCGCGGAGAGGUGGAGCAGUGGCAGAAAGACCUUCUGCUGUUCCAGGAGACGCUGGACGAGUGGCUCAACGUUCAGCGGAAUUGGAUGUACCUGGAGUCUAUCUUCAACGCCGGAGACAUCAAGAAACAGCUGCCGGCCGAGUCCGCCAAGUUCCAAGAGAUCGCCACUUUGGCUACACAUUGGCCGUUGGCCUCCUGCUCCUGCGACGAUGGGCAGUGGAGGGCGAUCAUGAAGGACUUGCUCGUCGGGCAGAUGGGUGAGUUCACCAUCCUGGCCCUAAUCCCAAAGCAAACCGUCUCUGCUGCUGGAAAGAGCGCCGAGCCUUCCCCGGUUACGACAGUUACCCGAUUCUGGGAGCUUCCGCUAGCCGGGAGAAACGACGAGCCAAUGAUGCUCGCGAUGCCAAUUAUGGGGCUUCAAGCGGCAUUAUUGCAGGAGACCUAUGAGUACGCCGUGGCACUGAAGGCUGCCACAAAGCCGGGACGUCUGGACCUGUUCAAGAAAGCGAGCGAGACGCUGGACCAAAUCCAGAAGCAGCUGGAGGACUACCUCCUGUCCAAAUGCGUCGCCUUCCCUCGAUUCUUUUUCUUGUCCAAUGAUGAGCUCCUCGAGAUCUUGUCUCAGGCAAAACGCCCGCAGGCUGUGCAGCCACACCUGCGCAAGUGCUUCGACAAUCUGGUCAAGCUCAGGUUUGGGGACGGCUCCAACUCCACGGACAUCCAUGCAAUGAUCUCGGGAGAAGGUGAAGAGAUUCCCUUUUUCAAGAUGCUGAAGGCCAGAAAUGGCGUCGAAAAAUGGCUCAGCGCAGAAGGCGGUGUGGAGGAAUACAUGGUGAAAACCUGCAGGGCAGAAGUCAAGAAAGGCUGGGAGACCUACGCGCUCGAGUCGGAUCGCAAGGAGUGGGUUCGGAAGCAGUACUGCCAGGUAAUGAUCACUGUGGGCUCGAUCUACUGGACACUGGAGACGGAGGAGGUGCUCAAUGCCACAGAGGGCAACAAGGUCAUUAUGAUGGGCAAGUGGUUCCAGAAGAACAAAGCCCAGCUCGGGGGUCUUACGGAAUCUCGACUGCCGUCUUUGGUCGUGUACACCCGCGAACUGAUUCGCGACAAGCUGGAUAAGCUGCAGCGGAAGGGAGUCGUUGCACUUGUCACGCAGGAUGUGCACAACCGCGAUAUCAUCCAGGAUGCCUCUGUCGAAAGAGCAAAGACUUAUGGCCGUGGAGUUUGGGCCCUCACGGCACUUGCCAUCCUUCAGGAUCUCUUCGACAACAAGAUCACAAGCUUCCAGAACUUUAAGUGGCAGCAGCAGCUGCGGUGCCCGUGA